AGGUUUAUUUAUUUUGAUAAUUACAUUGAAAUAUCGCAAUAAGAUAGGAAGGUGAAAGUUAGAAAACUCUUGUUUGCCUGGAUGAAUAAAGUGAAGAUAGCGUUCCAUCCAUUAUUAAUUUUAUCAGAAGCAAUUUCCGAAAAACGGCACGACGCGUAGAUAAAGAGAUCUGACGCCUUAUUUCUUGAAUGUUUCACACCCUUAUCGCUGUUUGUUAGCCAGACAGGAGCAGUGUGUUGCACCAGGAAUCAUACAAAUUAUGUGAAUGCUUUUAGCUGUCUUUUUCGAUGGGACAUCUGUUUUCGCGCAAAGCCAGGGAACAACGAAAGAAGAAAUCUGAUGAUCAGAUAAUAUUAGAAGGAGAAGUAUGUCUAGAUCACUUUGAAAUUUUGAGAUCCAUUGGAAGAGGAUCUUUUGGGAAGGUAUGCAUUGUCCAACGAAAGGACAACAAGAACCUCUAUGCACUGAAGUACAUGAGCAAAGAAAAAUGCUACGCCCAAGGAGCCCUGCAAAAUGUCCUCAAGGAACUGCGAAUAAUGAAAAAACUUAGUCACCCUUUUCUAGUUAAUCUUUGGUACGCAUUUCAAGACGAAGAAGACAUGUUCAUGGUUCUUGAUUUGAUGUUAGGUGGAGAUAUCAGGUUCCAUUUGAAUGAAGGGAAACAUUUUACCGAGCAGCAAAUCACUCUCUAUCUCGCAGAAGUUGGCCUGGCGUUAGACUAUUUGCACCAGCGCCAGAUCAUUCACAGGGACAUCAAACCUGAUAACCUUCUUCUUGACGAAAAAGGCCACGUUCACCUUACAGAUUUUAACAUUGCUACAGUUUUAAAAGAUCACUGUCUAGCAACCUCAUUAUCAGGAACAAAGGCAUACAUGGCACCCGAGAUUUUUGGCACCUAUUUGAACAAAGUUAGAGGUUAUUCACACGAAGUUGACUGGUGGAGUUUAGGUGUUACAAUCUGCGAGAUGAUACGCGGAAAGCGACCAUUCAGCAUUAACUCGGACACUGAUGCCGCAACAGCGCAUAAUAUUUUCAUGUCAGAACUUGUCCUGGAGCUUCCCACGUCAUUAUCGGAGAAUUUAGUUCGAGUGAUUAAAAGAUUGCUACAGCCAGACCCACUAAAGAGGUUAAGCACAGUAAAGCACCUUAAGGAAGCUUCAGUUAUGAAAAACAUAGACUUUGAUGAAGUUUUAGCCAAGGAGAUCAUAAUGAGCUUCAUACCAUCGCGAGACAACCUGAACUGCGAUCCAACAUACGAACUAGAAGAAAUGAUUAUUGAGUCGAAACCACUUCAUAAAAAGAAGAAAAGACUUCACAAGCAAUUAUCGAAAAAGGUUAGCGCAUCUGCGGAAUCAAACAGCACUUCAGUAUCGUCUAAAGACCCUUAUCAACAACAAUUGGAGUUGCUUAACACAGAGUUCGCUAUCUUUGAUAGGACAAAAGAUAACGAAGAAUCUCCUUCAUCUGAAACGAAGAAUUCAGAAAUCGGCCCUGGUACACAAGACGAUAAGAACCAAGAGCCACAACUAGACCAUCUAAAUUCUUUAAAAGAUGACAGCAAACAGGAAACGACACCACAGAUUUAGUUUACUCCUUCAAAAUAAGGCCCUGAACGAAAUUCUUAAAACGAUGUUUUGAGGGCGUUCUCUGGUAUCAAUCAGAGACCCCUACCCUUGCUUCCUCUUCAAGAUACAACGUUAGCAAUAGAACAAUUCACAGAAAAGCUUGAAUUUUAAGACAAUUUAUACACAAAAUUGUAGUUUGUAGGUUGCAUAAUAAAAUAUAGAGGUAAAUAAUUUAAGUAGAAGUACCUCAAGGGUAAUUCGCUCAUUACGUUUCGCUAGAACGCCAGACACCUACGGAUAAUUUGUAGUCAGAGAGCUACGUACGAUUUGAACGAAUUACAACAGUCACAAAACGCCUAACGCGUCAUAUACUCAUAAUUAGCCCCCUUGCACUGCCCCCUUGUUACUUUGCCCCCCCCUAAUAAAUUCCUUUGCACAAUACCUUUGCUGUAAAAGCGAGACAUUAAGUUCCUGAAAUUGGGUGCCUUCGAUUUCAAAUCUUUAUCUUGUUUUCCAGGCAUUCGUUUAUACCUUGAAAAUCAAUGGAGUUGUGCGUGUUGUACAUCGAGUAAUGAGCAAAAAUUGAUACAACAACAUACCGACUUUGUACAAGAAAUUAACAUUUAUUACGACGUUUUGAGCAUAGCUCUUCAUCAGGACAAAGUCGAAGUUUUUGCUGGUGUCGUGAUGGAGAGUUAUGCUCCAAAAGUCGUAAUGAAUAUUCAGUUAUUGUACAAGUUCAUUAAUUUAUUGUAUCAAUUUUUAUUCAUUUAUAUCGUCAGUGCUAAUAUUCAUUCCUUAAACUUGUUUGCAACUUUUCCCCUUAUUGCAAUUAAACAUUUAUCCGUUGGGAAAGACUAGAUACCAUUUUCCCAUUUAGGGCCUUUGUUAUUAAUGGUUCUCUUUUUGUAAUUGUUGGUCUUAUACCAUGUUUCCUUGAAGAAGUAUAGAAGGGUAAGUGACAACUGCUACGCCACCAGAAAUCUUUUAAACACCACGUUUUUAGGGUUCCUUCCUUGCAGAAAAAUGUCAUUUCCUCUCGUCCAGGCUGUAGCUUAAACUAUGAAAACGCUCCAUUCCGUUAUUGUUGGUAUAGUACACUCCGGUUAUAGUCACCCACGCUUCAUGUUGCUUGAAAGCAGAAUGGCACUGUAAACGGAGCUAAAUUGAAGACAGUUUUGCGUAUUUGUGUCUUAAUGUUAUGUGACUGUAAACAGUGGUGUGACUUUAAGUGCAGACAAGCUGAUGUGACUGUACCACAAAUAAAGGUGCCACCACUGGGAUACCUUCCACCCAAUAUUCUCAACAAAGUCAAACUAUCAAAUCACCGCAAAGUUUUUAAUUUUCUAGAUAAUCUGGUCUUCAUCCUAAUUGACUUUUAAAAAUAUUUGGGAAUGUUUUUAUCUCCACUUACAAUAGCUUAAUGUGAAGUUUUCAAGAAACUGAUUAGAAAGUUUAUGUAUAUUAAACCAUUGUAUGCACAUAUUCAAUUAAUUGAAAUUAAAUUUUAUGAUUUAUUCUGAAAAUCAUACAACAA